UUUUAAGUUGUUUCUGUAAGCUGAAUGUCUUACCGCGUUUUGAAUAAAGUGAAAAGUGACCAAAAAUGUCGUUUCUUCUAAAACUGAUCUUGAAAAUUGGUACUUUUGCCUUGCUUGUGGAUUAUGCGAUGGCAGGAGCUACAGAAGAACAAAUGAUGUCAGCUGGAAAGUUGAUGAGGGAUGUCUGCUUACCAAAGUUUUCUAAGGUUUCGGCAGAAGUGGCUGACAACAUUGGAAAAGGAAUAAUGCCGGAUGAAAAAGAUGUCAAAUGUUACAUCAACUGUAUUUUAGAAAUGAUGCAAACGAUAAAAAAGGGAAAAUUUUUGUAUGAGUCAUCUCUAAAACAAGUUGAUAUUUUAAUGCCUGAUCAUUAUAAAGAGGAAUAUUUUAAUGGUCUAGCUAAGUGUAAAGAUGCUGCAAAUGGUAUCAAAAAUAACUGCGAUUCCGCCUACGCCUUGCUGAAAUGUUUGCACGCUGCAAUACCUAGAUUUAUGUUUCCUUAAUGGGAAAAGAAAUUAUUAUUUAGUUUACAGAGUGGGAAAGUAAAAUAAAUUAAUUAUGUAAUUUAAAUGGAAAUAAACAAUUUUAAGCUAUUUUUAAAA